AUGCGGAUGGUGCUGCGGAGUCUCGUGCUGCUGCAGGUAUUUGGCUUGGACGUGCACUUCCUGGUGGACGUGCGCUUCCUGGUUGCCGAGCGCUUCCUGAUGGGCGAGCGCUUCGUGGUGGACGUCCGCCUCCUGAUGGAUGUGCGCCUCCUGAUGGACGUGUACCUCCUGAUGGUCCUUGGCUUCCUGCUUGCCGAGCGCUUCCUGAUGGACGUGUGGUUCCCGCUGAUCGUGGCCCUCAUGAUGGUCGCGGGCCUUCUGAUGUACGGUUGCCGGCUCUGCCUACCUUUCAUGCUCUCUCCGCCGGUGUUCCGAGUGCCAAUCCUCUUGGUGCAGAUGUUGAUGGAGCUCAAGGGUGUGCGAGUUAUGUGGAGAAGCUUGCUGUUCGUGCGGCAGCGUCUUCUGAAGUUCGUCACCGUCGUGCCUGGCUCUGUCGUCGAUCUGUACUUUGUGCCCUGGCUGCUGAGCGGCGGCAGGCCCUGA